CGGGAGUCAAGUAUGUUGCCACAACAUCUCCCUCUGCCUGUUGUGGUAACAGAUGAUAUUAAAAGGGCGGAGUGUAGGUAGGUUCCAUCUAGCUUCAACUUGACCAGGAGAAGACCAGUUCAGAACAGCAAGCAAAAUGGUUCACUUUCUUCAUAUCUCAGUAACGCUGCUUUGCGUCGUCAUCACCGGGACGUGGGCAGCAAACUGCAUCAACGACGCCAGCUGUAACGGGCAUGGCACCUGCCCCACGGCCUGCACAACUGUCUGCACCUGCACUGGCGGCUAUGGUGACGACGACUGCUCUGUUCCCCCGGUGUGCACGGCCGGCGGCAGCGAGUGCGGCAGUAAGGGCACCUGCAUCACUUCCAGAUCACCCUAUUUCUGUUCCUGUACGGAAGGCUACGGAGGGAGCUUGUGUACAGUAGCCCCAGUCUGCACGGCUACAGGAAAUCAGUGCGGCACCAACGGCGACUGCACAACGACAGCUUUCUUACACGUCUGCACCUGCAAGAACGGAUACACUGGCAAUUUGUGUACCGUAGCCCCCAGGUGCACGGCUACAGGAAAUCAGUGCGGCACCAACGGCGACUGCACAACGACAGUCACUCCCUACGCAUGUACCUGCAAGAACGGAUACUCUGGGCCACUUUGCACCAACCCCCCCAUCUGCACAGCUGAAGGAAACCAGUGUGGCACCAACGGCAACUGUACAACGGCAGCGUCCCCCUAUACCUGCAGCUGUGUGAACGGAUACUCUGGAACAAGGUGCACUAUUGGCUAA